AUGCAAGAUUACUUACUCUUGAUCUUGCACACUAUGCAUACAUCAAAUUUUAACUACCUACCUUUGAAAGACAUGAAUAUUAGAGCUUACACCUAUAUUCACUCCUACAAAAUUCAUUGUGAUUCUAGGAAUAUAUUGCACAUUAUUUCUCUUGUCUUUAGUGCAUAAAAUAUUUCAUAUUGAAAAAUUCUGAUUUAAAAUUUCAAGUUAAUAAUAUAAUUGUUUUAAUCCCAUCUUUGAACUAGCAAUAGCGAUUAAUUCGAUUAAAGAUAAGUGAAGAGUUAGGCAAUGAUAUGACACCAUGCAAUUCUGAAUCACUGCUCGUCAUGAACCAAUACAUCUUAAAGGAUCUAAAUUACGAAAAUCAAGACUAUGACCAACUAAAAGAUGCUUUGCAUAAAGACAGCCAAAGCCCAAUGCUAAAUAUUCUUUUUGCUCACAUGAAUAUCCUUAUGGAGGCUGAAAAUUCAAGAGAAACAGUUAAUAAUCUCCUUUCAACAUUGACAAAUUUCAAUCCAAGAGAAGAGCUUUGGAAGGAGGCAUUAAGGGCAUUAGUGAAUCAUGGAAUGUGCGCUGCCAUUCCUAUCAUCCAUAGAAUUGUUCAGCAAUAUCCAAAAGACUAUUUAGCUGUAAGAUAUGGAAUAUCUCUUGGGCUGCUUUCAGGAGAAAAGUCAAGCAUGCUUUUAAUUGUAGAGUCAUUAAAGCAAGAUAAUAGCUACCUUGAAUCCCCAGAGUGUUGCAGCUUUAUCAGCUUUGCAUACGUAGAAAACGGUGACCUUAGCCAAGCCGAGAUAUUCGCGAAAAGAGCAUUACAGCUAAACCCUCACAAUGCAUGGGCCCAGCACAACCUUUGCCAUGCAUAUGCAGGGAAUAACCAAUUUGAGCUUGGAAAAAGAGUUUUAGAAAACCGGUCAGACGAUUGAAAAGGAGACUUCAUUUAUACUCACAAUUUCUGGCAUCUAGCAGCUUUUCAUAUAUUUUUGAAAGAAUAUUCCGAAGCUGAGCAGCUGUUUGCUACCCAUAUUAUAGGAAAAAAUUGGUGGGUACCAAUAAAUAUGAUAAAUAUCUUGGCAAUGCUUUUGUACUUGGAUCAUUCGAGAAGAAAUUUACAACAAUUUUUUACUGAGAAAUUUAGAGAAACUAUUCAAGAUAAAAGAAUGCAAGGAAAUACCCCUAUAUUGGAUGCUAUGAUUGUAUGGGCUUUAGCUAAAGUGGGAGAGCAAGAUAAAGCAGCAAAAUUAAAAGAUAGCUUAAAUGGGGUAGCAAAAUCGGCAGCAGAAGCUCUGCUGCAUUAUGCAUCGAAUAAUCUGGUAGAAGCACAAAGGAUUGUGAAUGAGAAUUAUAAUGAAAUGCAUUUCUUGGGAGGCAGCAUUGAACAAAUUCAAGUUAUAACAGAUUGUUUAUCAAUUACAAGAGGCAGCAUUUUUAAUUUUUUGGAAUAA